CUCGAUUCCUCGUAGGUUGCGAAGAUCCGUAUCGAUUAUCGGAGGAAACAAUACAGAAUUGUUUAUCGUCCAGGAUUACUAUGCGUCUCACAGCCGGUGCUUCUAUUCUUCUGGCGUCUUCUGCUCACGCCUUUACCAACCCUGCCUUUUUUCCUCGCACAGCGACCUUCGCAUCGACUAGUUCUUACACCAGUGCUCUGAUUUUAAAAAUGGGAGUUGACCAGGACGAGUUAAAAAAGCAGGUAGGCUACAAGGCCGUCGAUGACUAUGUCAAAUCCGGAAUGGUUGUGGGUUUGGGGACUGGUUCCACCGCAUACUAUGCUGUGGAACGCGUCGGCGAAAAGCUCAAGUCCGGCGAGCUGAAAGAUGUCCUCGCCAUUCCUACAUCGAUUCGGACGAAGGAACAAGCGGAAUCUUUAGGCAUUCCCCUCGUCACUUUGGACACCCAUAGCAAACUGGACGUGGCGAUUGACGGUGCCGACGGAGUUGACCCUGAACUCAAUUUGACCAAGGGAGGUGGCGGUGCCCUAUUUCGUGAAAAAAUUGUCGAGAUUUGUGCCGACAAGUUUAUCGUGAUUGUGGACGAGUCCAAGCUUUGCGACGGACUGGGACCCGGCUUUCCUAUUCCGGUGGAAAUUUUGCCAUUCUGCCACGAACAUACUAUGCGUGUGAUUGGUGAGUUACCUUCGUGCAAGGGAUGCAAACCGGUCUUGCGCAUGGGUUCAUCGACGAACAAUCAGGUGGAUGGUGAUGAAAUUGCCAUUUCGGACAAUGGUAAUUACCUCGUGGAUUUGCACUUUGAAGAUCCUAUCAAAGAUCCGGCAAAGAUGGCUCAGGAACUCAAAAAUGUGGUUGGUGUCGUUGAGCACGGUCUUUUUUGCGGCAUGUCCACAGCGGUAAUCAUUGCUGGAGCGGAUGGUAUCAGUGUCAAAGAAGCGAAGUAACCGCUGUACUACAUCUAACACAUUAAGGCUAUAAAUCAUCCAACCCUG